CACCCUAUGCCGAAACUCACGAUCGUCCGCACCUUGAAGUAUCAGCUACCACGAACAAAAACAAUAGCAACGAGCUUACUCAUUCAUAUUUGAACUAUGGCCGACGGUGUAUACAGCCUUGAAGAGGUGGCGAAGCAUACCUCCAAAUCCGAUUUGUGGAUUGCUGUUUGGAACCACGUCUACGAUGUAACUGACUAUCAAGAGGACCAUCCGGGCGGCAAAGAAUUCUUGCUGGAGAAUGCCGGAACCGAUGCAACAACUGCAUAUGAGGACAUUGGUCAUUCAACAGAUGCCAGAGAGAUACUGGAGAACCACCGCAUUGGCAAACUCAAUGAUGACGACUGGACAGACCAUGACACGAAGAAGAUGCCUGAAGUCAAGCCGCACAGCGUCCAUGUUGUCAACAAUCUACCUCCACCAAAAACGCAUCAUUACCUCGUGCCCAUACUGGGCGCUGGUUUAAUGUCCUUAGUUGGACUGAUCGUUUUGGGUUCAAGAUUCUCGACAAACCUGCGCUUCCAAGGCGGCGGGUUCUGGAAAGGAUUCGCUGUGUCGUCUCUGGCCAGUCUGCUUCUGGCGGGAUGUGCAAGCCUGUGGGCGUCGAACAAUCUGCAAGUCGCACAUAAAGACUUCCAAUCAUAUCCGGCACAUUUCAAAUCCAAGUCUACGUCUUCUAGGCCCUCAAAGAAGAAAGACAUCAAUCUCGGGGUACUCAAUGCUCGAGUGUACCAGAAGUUUCCACUAAAAAAGAAGUUCCAUCUAUCACACGAUACUAUCCGUUUUGUAUUUGGGUUGCCUCAUGAGAACUCUGUACUUGGCUUACCUACUGGCCAACAUGUUGCAAUCAGACACGAAGUGGACGGAAAGCAAAUCACUCGGUCUUACACACCAACAUCAAGCAACAAAGACCUGGGACGCCUCGAAUUGACUAUCAAAGUCUACAAGGAUGGAAAACUCACUCCAUGGUUGAGCAACUUGAACAUUGGAGACACGGUCGAGAUUCGAGGACCAAAAGGAGAGAUGAAGUACCACAAGAACUUAGUCAAAGAGCUUGGAAUGAUUGCCGGAGGAACUGGUCUCACGCCCAUGUACCAAAUCAUCCGGCGCAUCUGCGAAGACCCCCGAGAUGAUACUAAGCUCACGCUAAUAUACGCCAAUAAGACUGAAGAGGACAUCUUGUUGAAAAAAGAGCUGGACAACUUUGCAGAAAAGUACGGCCAAUUCAAGGUGCACUACGUGCUCAGCGAUCCUCCUAAAGACUGGCAAGGGGAUAAGGGCCGCGUCAAUAAGCAGAUGGUCGAUAAAUUACUACCAGCACCAGCUGGGGAUGAUACAAAGGUGCUUGUCUGCGGACCUCCCCCUAUGACGGAUGCCAUGAUUGAGAUAUUGCAACAACGCGGCUUCAUGCCACCAGGGAAGAUAUCGAAGCCUCAAGAUGAGAUCUUUAGUUUCUAGUAGUGCACGUUCAGGCAAGCAACCAGUUAUAGACGACGUUGGAAGUGUGCAAAAGCUGCGGAUUACACCAGAGACUUAGGUUCUAUUGGUAAUCUAUUUAGCGAUGGAGGGAUUGAGAAUAAUGCUUAGAACUUCAGACUCGAUUAGAAUUCAAUGUAGAUGGCUUGAUUACUCAACCCAUACUACAUGUGUUUUACACAUAAGCCUCACGCAUACAAAUACUAUAAUUUCCAACGCUAUUUACACUUGAAUAUUGAGUACAAUGUCAUAUGUUAGUAUGGAACUUGAAAUGGUGGCGCGCUCCGGACAUCACAAUCUUCUCUAAUUCAACAAACCUACCUGAUAAUGCGUUGCACUAAACAUGGAGCCUUCUGCUGUCCCAUGCUUCAGAUUCAGCUUCAGCAGCUUCGUCGAGAC